UAAAUCGAUCCGGAAACUUUUUUCUUUCAAAAAUGUUUAGGUAGCGUUUAGAUUCUGAGCAGUGAGUAGUGGUAGACUGAAAAAAUAAAUAGUUUAAUUGAAUUGCCGAUAGAAUAUUAAUGAAUUAACCGUGUGUGAGGGAAUGUAGAAUUGAAUUAAUUAACAUAUUAAUAGAGAAAGCGAUUUAUGUGCUUGUAACAUUAUUAUUAUUGUUUAUUUGAGUGCGAAAAAGAUACAGUAAUUUUUUUCUCUUAUCUUUUCGAUAACAAACUCAUAAAAAUAAAUCGAUCAAUUAAUUUUUCUGAAAAAUAAGUAAACGUAACAGCCUGAUUUAUUUAACAAAAUCAUUCAUAUCGGCAGCUUUUGAAGUAAAUGUUUGUUAAACCUGAAUUUUUAAAGAUUCCAUAGUUCAUUCGUUUUUCGAUUUUUUUCAUUACACUGGACGUUGUACCUAUUGUAUGUAGUAUUCAAUAAUUUAAAAUUCAAAAUACCGAGCAUGGCUGCUCUUCAAUUGAGUGUCCAAUCUAAUAGUGUAAGUUCCAGUUCAGAAAGUGAGGAGUCUAUACCACAAUGGAAGAAAGAUCUUAUAGCCAGACUGAGGAAUCAGAAUAGGAAAAGCGAUGAACGUUUAUGGAUCGACCACCAUUCACCACACCACCACCCUCACCCCCGUACAGAUCUAGUUUAUCCAAUGUCACCCGAAAAUGGUUUUGGCAAAGAUCCACCAUCGGAUUCGCCAGCUUCGUCCGAUUCGGAAGACUUACAUUAUGGUCCUGGAAUCGUCAAUCGGUUGCGUAACAAAUAUUUAAGUUUAGCUUUGAGAGAAAGCAAUAAUCGACCGACUAUAUUGAGGAAAGCUACCAGCUUGGAAAAUUUGUUGGACGAUGAUGGCGGCGAGGAAACGGAAAAAGAAGAUAUUAGGUUGUUUGCUAGGAGAAAUGGUGGACAAGAUGGAGCAAACAGAUACAGAUCGUCAAGUAGAAGGCAAGAUAUGAAAAGAGCACGAUCUGUUGAGGUAAUUUCGCGAACCAAUCAUGAAGAAGAACUAACGAUGACUUCAUCAGUCACUGCCAAAAUUAACAAUCGACAGUCUCUUCAUGAAGAUAUGCUCACUAAUAUAAACGAAAAUAAGGGAGUUUUAAUAGAGAAUACAAAAUCUUACAAAAAACCAGUUUCCAUUGAAAACGGAACAGAAGACUCAAGCGAAAAAUAUAGUAGAAAAAUCAACAGACCUAAAAGAAUAUCUCCUUUGCUGAACGAAAGGGAGAAACCUCCUGUGGAUGUAGUGAAACAUGCCAAAUUGAUUUUUGAAAAGAGGCCAGAGACUCGAACCAAGAAACCUGUUCAGACUGGAGAAGUUGCCGCCAAAGUCGAUAGCUUCAACGACAUUAUCGUCAAAACUAAAGUGGCCUUAAAAUCCACUAAGCCCGCCAUUAAAACCCAAAAACCAGUACUUCAUGAUAAACCGAAAAGUAAUACUCAUCAUCAUGCAAAGCCAGUUGCGAAGCCUGUGAUUAUUAGCGAAGAACUUGUAAAACCUAAAACCCUGGAACUGAAAUCUUCCAAACAAAAAGGAUUCAAUAGUUUGCCUAGUCCUAUUCCCGAUGUUAGAGUUGACAUAAAACAUCAAGAUGGUACGAAUCCAAGAAACAACUUGUUGAAUUACCUAAGUGAAACUCCAGAUUUAAUUUUAACAUCAAGCCCUUUACCAAAAAUAACUUCUCCGACUUAUAGAAAAAAGUCUACACAGACUUUUAUUGAAGAGGAACGGAAUCGGUCUUUAGAACACCCAGAAGCCACAAAUAAGUUUAUAAGCCCAGUUCACAGUCCCACAAAAAUAUUCAACCAAAAGCAAAGCUCAUUGAAUUUUAAUCGAGAAGACGAAUUGGAUUGUUUAGGCAUGAAAAUGAUCUCUCCAAUAUCACAAAAGAACAUUACGAAAAAUUCAGCAUCUUCAGUUUUUAACUUUUUAAAUGCUUCUAUCGAUCAAAAGCAUUUGCCUUUAACCAAGAAAAAUGGUGUGGAGCAAAAAAGUCUAAUUGAGUCUGAAUUGAAUGGUUUUGGCAAUUCAAAUAAAAUCAAAGUUAUCUUGAGUCCUAUUGAAGCAGAGAAAAACCUUAGAAAUUCAGUGAAAUUUUCAGAAGAACCUGUUAUUGUUGUCACAGAAGUAGAUGUCCAAAAAUUGAGCCCGGAUGUAGCUACCAAAAAUUUAAAUGCAAACAAAAGUUGGCAAAAUCUUGGUAAUAUUGUUGAAAAGCAAAGUAGCAUCUUUGAAAAUCUUAGUAAAAACGAACAUUUUACAAAAACCAAAACCGUUAGUAGUGAUUCGGAACCAACGCGACAAGAUUUAAUUAGUGUAGAACCCAGUGAAGAAGUUAUUUUGGAAUCGGACAAGUUAGAUAAAAUCGAAAUAAUAAUUGAUCCAAAAAAAAGUGCAAGUGACAGUAAUAAAAGUAGUAUAGUGGACCCAGUAAGUGAAGACAAAUCCAAAGUAGUGUUGCCGAAGAAAACGAAGUCCAGACAAGAAGAAUCUGCGGUGGCAGUGUUCAAUUUUACAUCAAGGAAAGACGUUCCUGAUUAUAUUUCUAAUGAUACAAGUCGGGCGCCUAUGAGACCUGUUAUUCCUAAGCCCGAUGAACCAGGCAUCAAACUCCUACCCGAAGCGCUUCUAACCAACUUCAAAGAAAUCCAAGAAGUAUGGGAAGAAGACGAACUGAUCAAAACCCUAGAGGCGCGACCUCCAAGUCCUUGUGAUGUCACUUUCAUCAACGACAAUGUGCUCAUAGAAGGAAAAUCUAGUCUUACCCAGUCUACCUCUAAACGAAUGAAGUUAAAAAUAUCAUUUAUCGACGAUGCAGAAAUAUACGAGUACCCAUCAGAAUCGUCAAUGCUACUAGAAGACUCCCAAGAAAGGUCAAUACCUGGUACAAGUCAAGUUGGUCAAACUAUUCCAACACUUUCUGGUUCUUCUCUAUCCUCCUACACGCCAAAAACUACAGAGGAUUUUCAGUUAGGCAUCACCAAGAGCUUCCAGGAACCGCCGCCGUUGUCUCCCAAACCAGUUGAAACCCAAGAAGACCAACAGACUGUUCUAGAAGAAGUCGAACAACCGGUUCUGUUCAGUUCAGGGAGUACCAGUGAUAUACUUUUUUAAUUUGUAGAUUAAUGUUACGAGUAAACGCCAAUUGAUAAUAUAUGGACCAAUUUGUGUAUAUUUUAAAAAUAAUUUUACAGCUUUAGUGUUUUUGUGUAAUUGCUGUUCUAAGUGGGCGAGUUUUUGUAAUCGUCCAAAAAGUAAAGCUUUAAAUGUACGGAUUUUGGACAAUCCUUUUACCAUUAAAAGCAAUUUUAAAUUGCUUCAAAUGCUUUAAACAUUCCAUUUAUUUUGUGCUAACAGUUACAAUAGCAUUCCAGGCUAAAAAUUAGUUUAGUGUAAAAAUAUCAUCAUAUAAGACUGCUUAACUUAUAGUGGCCUUUUAUGCCUGCCAAAAACCUUUUUUUUUUUAAAUAAGAAUAUUUAUUUAAUAAAUUUUUGGUAAUACAUAUUUCUUGCUUUUAAAGGUAUUUUUGGAAACUACUUCAAAGCAUCACUUUUUGAUGUCAGCACUUGUUUUACAUCACAUAAAAUUUCAAAUUUAAAAUGCCCGAAGUAUUUAAAGAAAGCAUUUAAUUGGUACAGUAUGUCCUAUAAGUCGUUUAUUUUUCUUCAAAACCUAAUUGUUAUAAUAUUUGUAUAAAAUAUCUGUGAUUUAAGUAAAAUAAAAACUAUUUCUUAAGAUUUUUGUCCUAUUUUUUUUUUAUAAUAAAUUUAAUUUUGUGUGCAGCCAAUAGUUUGUAAGGUAUGAAUUAUACAGGAUGUUUUAGAAUCUAAGAUUUUGCAAAAAAAAACUAUGAUUCAAUUUUUUUUCUGCCUUGCUUUAAAGCUGAUACUGCAGGCGUAUUUUGUAUGGAUCCACGUUUUGAAGCUUGUUUUUUAAAUGAUAAGUAAUUUGUAAUAAUAUUUGAAUAAUGGCUACGUAUACGUCUCGUUUUUAGAAAUAUAUACAAGUAUUAUUUAUUAA